ACUACAAGACCGCGCCCUGGUGGGCGGAGCCGUGGGCGGGGCUCCAGGCGGUUCUCCAGUGACCCGGAACCCGGGCGACCCUUGGUUCUCCGAGAGGAUGGGCUGCGGAGCGCUAGGGUUACAAGAAGCGAUCCCUGGUUGUCGUCUCGCCUUCACCGAAUGCUCUGGGCUUUUGCCAGAGGAGAUAAAAGAUAGGAAGUGACUUCUGGGCCCGAAGCAGGCCGGGGGCUCGGGACCGAUCUGCAGCUAGGCCAGGCCCGAGCCGCUCCCCCGCUGCGCUCUGGGUGCUUGUACCACCGGUCUGACCGGCCUCGGUCCCCGGAGCCGCUCGCCGCGUCGGAGCGGGAGCGGGUGUCACCCGGAGGCCGUAGAGCGGGAACGCCCGCCCGGACACCUGUCGCCCAUAUAUUAAUAUCCCAAUUUCAGGAAGAUACUGGAUAACACCCUUAAGAAAAAAAACAAACAAACAAGAAAUCAUGAAGAAAUGUUUUAAUUAUUAAAACCAUGGCUACAUCUACAAAUCUGGACAUUGGGGCCCAGCUGAUCGUGGAAGAGUGUCCCAGCAGCUAUAUCUCUGGGAUGCCAGACAUCAAGAUAGAGCACCAACUGGACCCACACUCAGAUGAAGGAUCAGCCCAGGGUGUCGCCAUGGGGAUGAAAUUCAUAUUGCCAAACCGAUUUGAUAUGAAUGUGUGUUCUCGAUUUGUGAAGUCCUUAAAUGAAGAGGAUAGUAAAAAUAUUCAAGAUCAAGUUAACUCUGACCUGGAGGUGGCGUCUGUCUUAUUUAAAGCUGAGUGCAAUAUCCAUACAUCUCCUUCUCCUGGAAUUCAAGUAAGGCAUGUCUACACGCCCUCUACAACAAAACAUUUCUCACCCAUAAAACAGUCAACUACUUUAACCAACAAACACAGGGGAAACGAGGUCUCUACCACACCUCUGCUAGCAAAUUCUCUGUCUGUUCACCAGUUGGCAGCUCAGGGGGAGAUGCUCUACCUGGCUACUCGUAUUGAACAAGAAAAUGUUAUCAAUCACACGGAUGAAGAAGGAUUUACCCCCCUGAUGUGGGCUGCAGCACAUGGGCAAAUAGCUGUGGUAGAGUUCCUACUUCAAAAUGGUGCAGAUCCCCAGCUUCUAGGAAAAGGCCGAGAAAGUGCCCUGUCGUUGGCCUGUAGCAAGGGCUACACAGACAUUGUCAAAAUGCUGCUUGACUGUGGAGUUGACAUCAAUGAGUAUGACUGGAAUGGAGGGACACCUUUGCUUUAUGCUGUCCAUGGGAACCACGUGAAGUGUGUGAAGAUGCUGUUGGAAAAUGGAGCUGACCCAACAAUUGAAACAGACUCUGGCUAUAAUUCUAUGGACCUAGCUGUAGCUUUGGGCUACAGAGGUGUUCAACAGGUCAUUGAGUCCCAUCUGCUGAAGCUACUUCAGAACAUCAAGGAGUGACGGGCCUCAGAGAAUGCCAUCUGCUCUUCCCCUCACUCCUUGGUCCUUAAAUGAUAGUUUUGUUUACAUGUAAAUUUUUAUAGUUUUGUUUGAGUAUAAAUUUUUAUCUCAGUUGCAAUAUUUGCUGGGUUUUAGUGACUUUUAAUAAAUAUUCCUCUGGAUAAUUGACUUGUUUAUAAUAAAAUUAAUCCUGAUGGUUUUUUAAAUAAAUGUGUUUUACUAUAUAUUAAAAUUAUUAAUUAAUGUUUUGUGGCAUGUAACCUUUUAUGGUGCAGGUGGUUAUGAGUCUUUGUAUCAAGUACCACAAUUUGACACUUUAAGAAAAUACCACCUUGUUUGUCUUCACUCUUGGAUUAACUCUUUGACUUUGCACAGGGCUUACUGUAAGUCUGUGGGGGAAAUAAUGUUCUUGUUGAAUUAAAAAGUGCAGUGUGAUGGUUUACAAAAUCAUGUCUAAAUAAAAUACUUUGUCAGUCUGUUUGCAUUCUA